AUAAGACCACUGGAAGCAAGCUUAUCAAUACAAACAUUGACUUGAUAAAGGCCACUGGAAACACGCAUCUGGUCAAAACCCUAUACAUCAAGAUGGCAAAUUAUCAGUAUUGUCACUCGUUGUUUACUGAAGCAGAAACCAUAUUUUCAUUCAAACAAUGUGACUGGAGCGGCGUCACCGAAAUUAUAAAUGAUGGCUAUAUAAUGGGAGUUGGCGGCGACGAGAACCAGCUCCAGUCUGCUCACAAUCAAGAUAUCAGAUUGUUUACCAAACUGCUUGCUGAAAACAUGCCAAAUGUUUGCAAUUUGCACUUGCAUACAAUCGAUCAAGUUGGCCUUGUAUCCGCCAUGUCAAGCCAAUUGGCAGCACUGUACUCUCACAAUUUAAAACUUUUAAAAAGCUAUACGCCGCUGUUGCUUAUAGAACCAGUCCGUUUUGAUAUAGUGGAGAUACUCGACAUUAACCUCGAUGAGGAUUCGACGCAAUCCAUACCAGAAAUUUGCUGCCAGAAUAUUCAGAGCUUGACCCUAAUUAACUUGACUAAAUCAUUUGCAUGGAGAAAACUAGUAAACACCAAGCAAACGAAUAAUAUUACGUUUCAUAGCUUGCGCAGCUUGAAAUUAAAAGCAGCUCCCGAGUCAGAAAUAGAAGAGCUCGUAGGCCCUACAAAAUUGCAUUUCCCAGUUCUUGAAUACCUGGAUAUCAAAGUUCCAACGCUCAAUUUUGUGGAGCAUGUUAUGAAUUUCGAGAAUUAUACGCGGCCCAGCGUCACAAGGUUGCACAUUAACGUAUCAAACUCUGACAAUGAGACGCAUUGGGGUGAUAACAUGCUGAUACAGUACAGCAAUGGUCUUGCUAACCGUAUCAAAACUUGCAUGCCCAAAGUGACCCGAAUGCGCUUGGGCGAAAAGGUUACUAAUGAUCGUAUUAUAUUCUACGACAAAUUGGUCAAUUUGUUUGUGAACCAGCUUGUUCACAUUGAUUUUGCUCAUCCAGUAUUAUUCACAGCAACUCAGUUUUCGUGCGAGCUAACGCACUUGUCAUUAAAUGUUGAUUCGAUUGAUUUUCGGAGUAUUCCGGCAAUAUUCGCCGAAUCGCUAAAGCAUUUGGAACUUAACAGUGUUGAUUAUUCUUUUGCCUGGAACAUGUUACAAGUCAAAUCAGCGGGCCAAACAAUAAACUUUAAGCAUUUAGAGAAGCUGUCAUUAGAAUACAGUGGUAAUAGCGAGAACUAUAACUUGGACUGCCGGCAAUUUAUACAAAGCCAACAGGAGCAUUAUAACGGACCAAUGCUUUCUUUCCCAAGGCUGAAGAAAUUAAAACUCUAUAAUACCACAAUCAAUAGUCUCCAAAGAAUAAUAUGCCCUGGUUCCAAUCAAUUGUCCUGCGUGAAAGACUUGGUAAUUCAAUUUAACGGGCACAUUAUUGAACUUGAUGGUAGCAUAGAUAAAAACAAGUAUAUGCAAUCCACAUCUAAUUUUGCCAAAUAUUUGGCAGGCAAAAUGCCCCAUGUCCAGCAGUUGACCAUGACUUCAUCCAACGAGUCUAGCAAGUACAUGAAAAUAUUCUGCAGCAUUGUGUCAGAUUACUAUGCUCGCCAGCUGGAAGCUUACAUUUGCUAUAUUCCCGUUGCGCUUUCGGUUGAUGGGUUUUUGCCUGGGCUCAGACAUUUGGAAAUUGCCAUUGACCGCUUGCCACUUCCCAAAGUGAACGCAGAAAAUAUUGAAUUUAUCCACAUACAGGGAAACCUGGGCAAUUUUUCUUGGAAUAACUUUACUGAAAGUAAUAACCAUGAAAAUAUAGUGUUUGAUAACUUGAAAAGUCUCAGUUUAAUGCAGUUUAACAGCAAAUAUGUAAAAAAAACUCCGACUAAAGGGGUAAAUGACGGCACAGCAAUGUGUGACCACAAAGUUACACUGCAUAUGCCAAAAUUAAGCAACAUUACGCUUGAAAAUAUCGUCGAUUGUAGCAGAUUUUUAAAUGCGUCCAUCAGGUUUAAACAUAUCCACAAUGCGUGGAUCAGAGGCUCAUACAAGACAUUAGCCAUGUUCACUGAUUCCAAUUCAGGAGUAAUCGAGUCGAGCUAUGUUACGUUAGAGCCAAAUUCCAAUGGCGAUAAAAAUAUGGAUAUGGAUCGUUUUUACAAAAUAACGAAUGGGUUCUUUGGAAAAGCAACCAGAAUAAACCAAGCAGAUCUUGUCCUGAAUAUCAACAUGGAUAGUUGGAACGCAGAGCAGAUUAUGUGGACAAAUCUCUAUUCUUUAGAAAUCAACCAGCCAACAUGGUAUGGCACAAUUAUAGAUACCCUUGCAAAAGCGCCCAGCCUGGCCGAACUGAUGUGUGAUGAUAUUAUAUACAAUGAUUUUGAGCUAAAGCUGGACCAAGUCAAUCCAAUUUCAACCAGCUUGAAUAAACUGCAUUUGCGCGGCAAUGUUGAUACUGAAUUCAUAGAUAUGGAAAAUGUCUUUAUUAAAUAUUUACUGUUGACACUGCCUACGCUAAAUGGUGUGUAUUGGGCGGAUGUUGAAUUUGAUUACAAGGUGUUUGUUGAGGAGUACAGCGAAUUAUACCCUCACCUGGUGAAUAUUUCCUUUUGGUUGGUUUAUUGAUUAGUAUGUGCUGUUGCAAAGUGCAAUCUUGACUAUCAAUAGCCAUUCUAUUGUUUCAAACGUGCUUUGUUUUUUU